ACAGGAGACUUUCUGCUGUGGAUGGACAGGUCGAGGAGUGCAUAUGCAACUCAGUGUGGGGAUUUAUUUCUGGGAUUUAUCCGCGUCCACAAUCCCGUUUGUAACCGGAUGAAAUAAGGAUGUACGGAAUAAACCAGCGCUGCUUUUACAUAUCGAUUCAUUUUUUCGUGCUGUGGUGUCACACUCAGGGGGAGAAUCACCCGUCUCCUAAUUUUAACCAGUAUGUGAGGACGCAGGGCGCAGUGACGGACCAGCUCAGCCGCAGACAGGUCAGGGUUUACCAGCUCUACAGCCGCACCAGCGGGAAACACGUCCAGAUUCAGGGCAAAAGAGUCACCGCCACCGCCGAGGAUGGCAAUAUGUACGCUCGCCUCUUUGUGGAGACGGACACGUUCGGCAGCCGAGUGAGGAUACGAGGCGCAGAAAGCGGACGAUACCUCUGCAUGAACCGGAAGGGCAAACUGAUUGGAAAGCCCAGCGGCCGGAGCAGGGACUGCAUCUUCACCGAGAUCGUGCUGGAGAACAACUACACAGCGUUCCAGAACGCCAAGUACGAGGGCUGGUACGUGGCCUUCACCAGGAAAGGGAGGCCCAUCAAGGCGUCCAGGACCAGGGAGAACCAGCGGGAGGUCCACUUCAUCAAGAGGCUGCACACCGGCCCGCCGCCCUUCCCCAACACUGACCAAAGCAAACACUUUGAGUUCAUCCGAUUCCCGUCCACACGGCGGGCCAAGCGGAACAGGAAGUCACGCACCUCUUCCUAACACGGCCGUGGACUGAC